GCACUCUCCGUGGAGUGGAGUGUCGCCGUGGGCCGGCCGGCGGCAGUGUGGCGCGCGACGGAUAGACGGGAGGGUGCGCGGCCGGUGCUCCGAGGGUGACGAGGGGUAGCGACUCGGACAGCAGAAGACUGGGAUCGUGGACAGGAGUGGACGGAGCUGUGGAUCUCAAGAGUGACCUCACACAGUGUGGAAAACACCGCCAGGACUGGCACGACCGAACUGUGGUGGUUUACUGAACAGGGUGCAACUCUUGAAUGUAUAACCGCUAGAGCAUUCUUCAAGCCUGGAGUCAAAACAGGAAACGACCCACCAGGAAGGCAGAAGGAGCGACUGAGGCCCGCCAAUAACUUUUAAGAUCACGGCCGCAGGAUGACCUAAGCCGCGCCGCCGGCCAUGUCCAAGGAGGGCGAGACGACCGACCCGGAGCGGCGUCGGCUGCGUCAGACGGCCGCCAUUCUGCUCGGCUGCCACCUGUUGGAGCUGGUGCUGACUGUCUGGCUGACGGCUGACCUCUGGAGCCAGCAGCGGCGACCGCUCUGCCUGGCGCUGCUGGCGCUCCUGGUGACCGCUAAUAUACUGGUGGCCGCCGCUAGUCUGGUCUGGGUGCACCGCCAGCUGCGUUUUGGAGAUCGCUGCGCCGGGAGACUGGUCUGUUACCUGCUGCACGCGGUCGGCGGGGCGCUACUCUGGCGGGCGCUGAAGCUCGGUCUGGUGUUUGACGCGCGUGACGUGAGGGAGUUUGCCACCCUGCGGCACCUGCUGGUGCACGUACAAACCCUGCCCGUGUGUCUGGUGCAGAUGUACGCCAGUUACCAGACGGGCAGUAUCGGCGUGUUCCCGGCGGCGCCUGUGGUGGCGUUGCUCGCCGGCGCCGUUACCACGGUCGUGCUCGCCAGCUCUGUAUUCUCUCGCGCCAGCGGCGGAGGAGGGGGAGAGCUGGGGAGGUCCGGGGGCGGCGGCAGCGCUCUGAGCCUGCCCACCCUCCCAGAGCCGGCCGACAGCCCGCUGGCAGUGCCGCGCGGCGCCGCCGCCGACUGGACGGGCGCUGAUGACGCCUGGAGCCGACUGCUGGUGGCCGUGCAGGCUCUCUGUCUGCUCUGGGCGCGGCUGACAGCGCUGGCCACGUUCGCCAGCCUGUGGCUGGGCUGGGCGGUGGGCGUGGUGGCGCUCCACUGGACGCUGGCCGCUGUCUGGCUGGCCGCUCAGCAGUACCUCACGUCCGAGCAGCGCUCGCCGGCCUCCAAGGCCGUGCGCGUGGCCUUCCUCGCGUAUCUCCUCAUCUUCGACUGGCAGGUGAACCGUGACUCUGGCAGCGCUCUGACGGUGUGCGCCCGGCCGCGAGCCGCCGCCGUUUACUACCUGGCCGUGGGCCUGCAGAACGCCGUGCUGCUCGGCCUCUGGGUGGCCUUUUCUGCCCACAUCCCGCACACAAAACUGGCCACGGUGACCGGAGCGGCGGCUACGUUCUCGGUCGGCGCUGUCAUCCUAGUGAUGCUCUACUGCUACUCGGCGGAGACGGCACUCGGCGCGCAACCUGAGCACGUGCUGACGGCGCACGUCGGCGAGAAACCCAGCUCGGUCAGCGAGACGUACGUCGAUUAUAAGCUCGAGGAGGAGAGUGCUGCCGAGAGGAGACGCCGAGUGGGGAAUCUCUACACGGCGUUCCCAGUGCUGUCCAGAUCAGACCGCUCGACGGAUAACCACUCGGCAAACUCCCGUAACACGAACACCCUCUGUGAGCUGGAGGUGGGCCGGGGAGAGCCACUGACGCUGGCGCCGCGGCGGCUGCGCCACGGCUCACCCGGCUCCGACACAGCUAGCUCGGCAUCGCGUGCCGCCGCCGUGGCUGCCGUGGUUGGUCACUGCGUCACCAGUACGCCCAAACGAGCGCCCUGGGAGAAGACGCCGUCACGACCGACCCGACCGUCGAGACAAACGAGGCACGUGUGCGCGCCAGGUGCCGCUUGUCAUUGUCGACUCUUCGACGCGCACACGGGUCUUCAUGUGCUGGAGCCGCGUCAUCCGGCCGGCAGUCACACGGACGGACGGCCGUUCCGAGUUCUGUGCGCCGGCUGUCUGCGCGCACACGACCCACUGCUGACGCCGUGCGCACCGCUGCCGGCCGGCACGGCGCACAUACACGGCGCGCCCACCUCAGUCUCAACCACCGACUACCCGUCCGUGUCAGAAGCCUCUGAGCGGGCGUCUGUCUCCUCCUCAGACGGCUCAGCGCUCUCCUGUUCAACCUACACCACUUGGCCGCCGCGCUCCGUGGGCGGAGAGCCUCUCUCCUGGCUGCUACCACCCGACCUCACUGGCCGGGAGUACGUCCAGGCCUGGCUGGAGCUCUGCGGCCAGCGGCCGCCGCCCGAGGGCCGGCCCAAGAAGAAGCUCUGCCGUCGCCAGCACGCAGGAUGUCCGCAGGUCGGCUGCGGGGGAGUCGGUCAGCCCGUCUCGCCGGCGACACGACCCAGAAAGCUGUCCAAGAAACAGCGGCUGAAAGGCGUCCUGCUGAAGAACAAACUGUGCAGAAGGGCGGGACGGCUGAGGGCGAGGAGCGUCUCUCCACGCCCGAGCGAGGUUCGAAAUAACACGCCACCAGCGCCCCUCGUAGCGGAGAGGCGAACUCCACCAGCGCCGCCCGUGGAGCAGGCAGCAAACCUAGCGCCUCUGGCGGCAGAGAGGCGAACCCCACCAGCGCCACCGGUGGACCAGGCAGCGACACUAGCGCCCCUUGACAAUGCACCGGCGCCCGCACCUCUGCCAGCGAUGAACAAUGUACCGAACUUUGUACAAAAUGUGGAGGCUUACGUUUAGUUAUGUUCAAAUGAUGACCAUUACCUCAGAUUUGCAAGGGAGCUCGCCGAGUGUUGAGCCGCCCGCAAGUACGGCUCUCAGUCAUAGACAGGGUUUUGUCAAGGUUGAAGGGAUAACGACUGCAACCAGUAGAUCAAAGAAAUGGACUUUGUCGUUAGUGCAUAGCGUUCGAUGUUUGCUUUGCAAUGUAUGAUGCUGAUUUUUAUGUUGUCAACGGGUACACUGCCGUGAACUUCGCUGCUUUUUUAAAAUGUUUUCAUUUGUGUAAAUAUGUGUUUCAAGUGCAUAUUUAUUCAGACCUUGGGACAUCGAUGUUCCUACGACUGGUGACGUUUACCGAAUUAUCGAAACCUGCUGUAAUUGAUUGACCGAUGUUUACCUUGUUUACAAUGUCAAUUUCCUUCAUGUGUACGAUCCUGACACAUGAGUCGUGUCCUCGCCCACCUGAUACCCUGUUACUUCAGUCAGCACCUCCGUACACAGCGCUGUAUUUGCGGGCAGCGCUCGCCUUGCUGAGGUUCCUAUCUCCUGCCGCGAUCAGCAGCGCUCACAGCUCUGCCCGUCAAGUUCCUAGUUGUCCCCCAUAGCCUCGAGCUCGCGGUAACCAUGCUGCUCUAGUCAUUGUCCGGGGCGUGCGCAUAUGUUCGACGUGUCUUCAUGUUCUAUCCUGUGAGAUUUUCGGAAGGUGAGGCUGAGUCGCGAGAAACGCAGUCGCUUGGCGGAUAAGUGGGUGCUGGAAAUAUUGCAGAGAUUUGGCACGGCGCCGAGGGUUUAUCAUGUCCUCCUAUAAGUGAUGAGGGUGACCGCUGUUCGCAUGUUGAACGGUACCAGCGAGCUACCGUGAUGGUCGAGCGGUGCUUGGGUCAGUGUGGCCGUAUAGAAACGAUUCGAGAGAUGACUUCGAGAGAUGACUCGGAAAACGACUCGAGAGGUGACUCGAGAGAUUCGGAGUAGUUACCUCCCGACUCGAGCCGCUCAAGAUGGCUCGCGGCUCGACUCUUGCCAGCCUAUAUUGCGGACAGAGCAAUAAACGACUAUAAAAGGGA